UGUGCAUAAGAAAUAUCUACACUGAAAAAAUGGCAGUGGGGGUUACAUUUUUGAUUUCUCUAAUUCUUUAUUUACAUUUAUUUCUAUUUUCAUGUUAAACAUUUAUUUCAAUGCCAAAAUAAUAAAGAAAGUAAAAUCUAUAAAUGGGAUUCAGUGCACCAAUAAUUCUUACACAUAAAAAAAUAUCAGUAUCAGGCCUCUCAACAUCACAAUAGGGCAAGAGGAGGGGCCAAAGUACACAACUUUCUCCUCAGGGUAUGCUCCAAAUUCCCAACUUGGCCUCUCUUUUUCAUCUUUUGGGUUUUUAUGUUCACUCUUCUCUGCUUCAUUCCUCUUUCUACUUCCAGGAAAUAAAAACUUCUAAUCAAAGAGCAAGAGAUUAAGAAAUGUAUGCAGAAACUAGCUUAGCUUUCCGAUUCAUGCAGAGUUCUUCUUCUCCAGAGAUUCACCAAUUUGAAGACCUCUUUAAAUCCUACAAGCUCUCUGAUGAAAUGAACAAUCUUGUUGAGGCAAGUGAGUAUGAUUUUGGAGAAGAGAGUGACCUAUUCAAAGCCCCUGAGCCGAUUAUUGAAGAACCAAUGUUAGCUGUUGAUCCCCUCUCUCAAGAGCUUGUUGAACUCGGUGAUCUCGGGUCGUUGCAGAGUGACCAACAGCUUAUAGACAAGGCUUUCUACGACUGUGAGCAGGACCUCCUGGUGAAAUCAGCCAUGGAGUCUCCGCUCUCCGAGGUACUAGACAUCAAGAACAUCUCUUUAGUGGCAAAAAUGGACAACGAUGUGAAGAGUACGAGUGUAGUCGUCUCUGAUGUCCCAAUUCCGAAGAGUGUGAGCUCGGGAAACUUGAGCUCAAUGGAUAUGGUCGAGCACAAGGAUGCGGUGAUUCAGGGAUUCCCUGAUUUCCCUCCAGUGGAUUAUGGGAUGAGAAGAGCCUUCAGUGAAAGCGAUAUACAGACACUGGGGACUGGAAAUACGGGUCUUGUUCAGUCUCAGUUGGAUCGAAUAAUCAUAAGUUGCACCUCUGAGGACCGCCGUGAGAAGCUUUCUCGAUACAGGAACAAGAAGAGCAAGCGAAAUUUCGGGCGUAAAAUCAAGUAUGCUUGUAGGAAGGCACUUGCAGACAGUCAACCGAGGAUCCGAGGAAGGUUUGCAAAAACAGAGGAGAUGCAGAAAUGAUGAGGACUAGUUAGGUCUGAUGCGGUGUUAAGAAUAUAAUCCCACCCACCUCUCGUUUUGUAUAUAAGGGGGUUUGUCUGAAUAAGCCUAGUAAGGAGUAAGGAUUAGGAAGAAAAAACAAGUUGUAGUAGUCAGUCACUCAAGUAAUGAUGCUUAUAUAUGUUAGAUCUUGUGAAGUUAUGUAUCUCUAAAAGUUUAUAUAUAGAAGCUGUUUAAUAUUCC